AUGGAGGAUUUAGUUGCGGUGCGCAUCAAGGACGGCAUCUUUGCCGGCAACGCCGGCGCUGCGGCAGACAAGACGCUUUUGAUCAUGAACAAGAUCACUCACAUUAUUAAUUGUGCCGGUGCCGAGGUGGCCGACUUUUUCCUCGGUGAGCCAGGCUUUAGCUACCUCUCCUUCCCCUGGAAGGAUGCUGCCGGUUCGGUGUGCACCACCAUUCUUUUCGAUACAGCCGACGACAAUAUUCACCGCGCGGUUCAGUUCAUCGAUGAGGCCCUUGCAGCAGGCGAGUGCGUUCUGGUGCACAGCGUGUACGGCAACUCGCGCAGCCCUGCCCUUAUCGCAGCAUACAUGAUUAUGAAGUAUGGGUGGAAGCUAGAGAGCGCACUCCUGUACUUGAAAAUGGCGCACCCCGAUUCCGACAUCAAGCCCCACUUCCAGCGGCAGCUGCGCCAGUUUGCGAAGCGCCACGACGUGGACCAUGAUAUCUUUGCUCAGGACGUAGACGACAGCCAAUUUGGCCUUGACAACGACCAGUGGAUGCUCCGCAACACCCUCCUCAACGGAUUGCUGUAUAAGGAUCAGAUGGCGAAUAACCUUUAUCGGCAGUGCGCCGAGAAGGUUGACGUGGGGAAUCCCGUGAACGGCAAGCCCACAAAAGGGCGUAUUACUUUCGUGGACACCAAGAAGGGCACGGAUGCGGACUCUCGGACGACGUGCCCUGUUGUCAACCGCGCAGCAUCGUUCCCCGCGGAUCCGGCUUCGGCGGAGCCCGGUAGCUUCCUGGGCUUUCGGGGGCACUUGUGUUUGCGCACUGGUCGUCGCUUACCCAGUAUUCUGAGCCGGAGCACGUCUCCCUGCUCUCGUCGGUUGGAGUCUGAUCCGCGCAUGUGCCCCAAGGGGCGCCAGUCUCUCCCGGUAGUUCAUAGCGGGACGACAGAAACGAGUACAGGGGUGUUGACCAAAGGUGUGGAGCGGGUCUCAGCACUGCGAGGAUCGGGGCCAGCCUCCAGCACGCACAGCUCCUUCUCUCUUCUUGAGGACAAGCCCGCUAAAGGUAGGGACAGAGAAGGGGGCCCCGCACCGCCGCAGCUCCAGCGAUCGUCUGCUGAGUCGGCCCGCUCCAUCGACUACGCGCGACUGGCGGCGCCGACGCAGCUACGUUCGCCGUUUGCCACGCUCGGGUCUAGCCACAGGUACCGCAACGGGUCCCCGCUGCCGACGCCGAAGGAUAAGAAAGGCACCGCGAAGGAAAGCCACACACGGAUACAGUCAUUGCCUGCCAGUCGUCCUGGCAACACCACCUCGGUGACCUCCAUCUCCAUCCCGACGUCUGCGUGGGCCAGCAGCUCUUUCGGGCUCAGCAAUCCUACGUCUGUACGAGGCACCCCCCGCACAAGUAGCCCCUUGGCCAGCAAUAGACCAACUCGUGAUGUGGUGGGGCGACCGUCGGCCGCAAGCUAUCGCGGGAUCGCGCCGUACCGCUCCAUCGUUGCCCCUCGCACCGCCACAGAGCCUAGCUACUGUACCCCACGGUCUUCGAAUCCGUCACCAUCGCGACGGGGCGUCGACCAUGGGACAGGCUCGCGAAGUGGCAGCCGGCGCCGCACCAUGUCGCCUGUCUAUCUGACAGCGAAGCGGUCGCCAAGCGGCGGGAGGACUCAAUCAGGCACAGAGGACAAGCCGCGUUCCCGCGCUCGCUCUCCUAAGGCACAGAAGCACCAGGAUCCCAACUCUGGCUCGCUGAACAACUCCUUUGCGAGCAUCGACAGCAACGGCACGAGUGGUGGUGCGAACGGGGCGAACUCCAAAAACACGGUGACGGUGCGGCGCCAGCCUCCGUCGGUGAUUUCAUCGAGGAGGCAGGCUUAA